CUGAUCUGCUAUGGAUAAAGUCUGGUUCAAGCUUCGGCAGACUCACUAUCCGCCUGGUCCAGAGCAAAUCAUCCUUUCUGGCGAUGGAGACGACUCCCAGGCUCCUCUUUGUUUAGGUCACUGCAUCGCCGACCUCAAACACUUGGACUUUCCAAUCAAUUCUGGCGCUGUGCUGCCGUUCCCACAGCGCAUGAACGUCUUCUCGUCGCAUGUCGUCGACUUCAAAUGGGAGCGCAAGCGUGGCUUCGCAACAUCGCUGGCUCUCGCUACUAGCGCACCUAUAGCCGCAUCAUUAGGUUUGCUGACAAUCAAGGCGAGCAUCAGUGUCGCAUUCAAGAGGUCCGUUAGCCAGUACGAAGAAUACAACCGCCUCGACACAUAUAUCGUUCAACCCAAUUCUCGCUAUAUCCAGCAGUGCCUAGAAAGAGAAGAGCUUAAAAAAUACAUUGGCGACAAGGCGAAUUGGUCAUUCUUCAUGAUUACGGGCCUCCGCGUGGCACGAGCGGGAAAGAGGUCGAACACAGCCAUGAGGAAUGUAGAAGUUAAAGGGGGCCCUGAUGCUGAUCUAUCAACUGCGGCAGCUAGCGAAGUUACUAACAAAAAUAAUGUGGCUUGGGAAAAUAACACCAAAGAAGGCCAACUUUCGGAUUUUGUUUGGGCUAUCCGUCUCGCCAAAGUUCACAAGGGAUUUCUCAUGACAGACUGGUCUGUUGACACUUGUACACAUCGCGCUACCUUUCAUAUGGAGAGCGGACAAGAAGUCGACGUUGGUGCUGUCGUUAAAAACGAGGGACUAGAGUCCUUUCAGGUCGUUGAAGAUGACGAUCUUGGUGAAGCUAUUGUGUUAGACGAGGAACUUUUAAGUGGUGAAAACUGAGAGAACUUGAAUAACAACUCUUCUAAUCUAUAUAACCUUUAAUAUACCUUGUU